CAUCCAGCAGUCACCACACUCGACUCUUCGGAAGUAAGCCAUGGCCGAGACGCACCCAGGCGAGAGUCCAAGCACAGCAGCUCCGGGCGGAGGAGCAGGCGGAGCUGGCGGAGCUGGCGGCGAUGGAGCAGGCGACAACGGAGUGGCAGCAGGCGCUGGUGACCGGCAGCAGCCUACGGUGGACGAGAUCGAGGCCGGAUUCCGGGCUGUGCAGGAUGCGAUCUGCUCGUUUUUGGAGGAGAUGACCGGCGAGACGUACACCGAGGACGUGUGGGAGUACGAGAAGGGGACCGGCGGCGGGCGGACGCGGGUGUGGGAGGGUGGGGCCCAUCUGGAGAAGGCUGGCGUCAACUGGUCGGGCAUUGCGGGUGACGACCUCCCGCCGUCUGCGCAAAAGGCCUUCAACAUCCCGCCAGGCACCCCAUAUCGCGCCACGGGCGUCUCGCUCGUCAUCCACCCGCGAUCGCCGCUCGUUCCCACCAUCCACGCCAACAUCCGCUACUUUGCCGCCGGCGACGCCGUCUGGUGGUUUGGCGGCGGCAUCGACCUCACCCCGUACUACCCAGACAUCGACGGCGUCAUCGCCUUUCAUCGCAAGCUCGCUGACCUCUGUGCCGCUCACAGCGUCGACUACGCCGCCGCCAAGAAGACCUGCGACGAGUACUUUUUCCUCCCGCACCGCCAGGAGACCCGCGGCGUCGGCGGCCUCUUCCUCGACCACCUCAACACCGAUCCCGCUGCCCACUUUGACUUUCUCUGUGCUCUCGGCCACGCCUUUGCCGAUCUCUACGGCCUCUUCCUCACCUCGGCCGCCCUCACCGCCCCAUACUCGGACGACGAGCGCGAGUUCCAGCUCUAUCGCCGCGGCCGCUACGUCGAGUUCAACCUCCUCUUUGAUCGCGGCACAAAGUUUGGCAUCCAGUCGCGCGGUCGGACAGAGUCCAUCCUCAUGUCGCUCCCGGCCACUGUCAACUGGAAGUACAACUGGGCCCCGAGCCCCGGCUCGCGCGAGGCAGUCCUCUACGACCACUAUCUGCGCCCGCAGCCGUGGCUCGACCUCACCGACGACGAGCGCGACGCCAUGCGCCUCCCGCAACACUAAAACUGCGCGUCCUGGCUGGCUGGCUUGGGUGUGCCCUCCUUUUACAACCGCUCAGCAUCGCCGUCGCUCGACGACGACGAGCCGGAGCUCGAGCUGGAGCUGCUAGGCUGGGACGACGACGACGACGACGAGCCGGGGGCCCGCCUAGACCCUGCUGAGCUAGCUGCAGAGCUCUUGGCCGAUGCGGCCGAUCCAGAGCCCGAGCCAGACGCCGCUGAUUCGUCAGCCGAGCCGCACGACGCAUCCGAUACGUCGGAAAUCGCGAUCGACGCCACAGAAGACGCCACAGAAGACGCCGUAGAAGACGCCCCAGACAGCGCCCCAGACAGAGCCUCGUCAGCAGCGCCUACGGUAUCGGCCUCGUCAGCCUCAUCAGCCUCCCAGCUCUCGGUCGUGUGCGUCGUAGUCUUGGUUACCGUCGUUGUCGUCGUCGUUGUCAUCGUCGAUGGCGUCUUCUUCUCUUCGCCAGCCUUCUCAGCCUCGUCAUCAGCCUCGGACUCGGCCUCGGACUCGCCAUCGACCUCGGCAUCGCCAUCGACCUCGGCAUCGCCAGCGACAUCGCCAUAGCUGUCGUCAUCAUCAGAAUGAAACUCCAGAUCGUCCA